AGUAAUAGCAGAGAGUUAAGAAAUAAAGCAGAGAAACAGAGAAGAGACAGACUGAAUGCAUUUAUCGGAGAAUUGGCAACGCUGGUACCUAUGGUGGCAAGGAGCGCGAAAAAGUUGGACAAAACCAGCAUACUCAGGCUCACAGCUACAUACUUAAGGAUAUACUUGACCUUGAACAACAACAAAACCAACACAAACAACCAGUUCCCGAAGAACAUCGACCAAUUCCUGUUGGAGCAGUUGGUUUGCGAUCAACUUGGUGGAUUCCUAUUGAUCACCACUGCCACAGGCAAAAUUGUCUUCAUCUCACACACCGUUGAGAAUUUGUUGGGACACUUACAGACCGACCUUAUGGGUCAAUCCCUGUUCAACAUAACCUCUCCCGAGGACCACGACCGGCUCCGCAUGUACCUGCAGUGCGAGGGAGUACUAGAGCAGGAAUGGAAGAAAUACUUCACGGUACGGCUGAAGCGAGCGGGGCCCAGAUCAGAGCAAGCCGUGUACGAACCUGUCAAAAUCAUGGGCAUGCACAGGCACGAGAACGGGAUUGGUACGCCUGGCGCUACGCCUGGGUCUACGAGUCCGACAACGAGUACUAGUAGUAUCGCCACUACUGGUACUCUUAACAGUGAUAUUCUGGUGUUUUUCGUGAAAGUGUGCAGGCCAGAACCGCUCCUUGAUAGGCUAAUAGAGGCCUCAAAGGACGAAUAUGUAACCAGGCAUCUCAUAGACGGUAGGAUCAUAAACUGUGACCAACGAAUUUCGAUAAUCGCUGGGUAUAUGACUGAAGAAGUGGCUGGAAAUUCGGCAUUCAAAUAUAUGCAUCGGGACGAUGUACGAUGGGUUAUCAUCGCGCUUAGGCAGAUGUACGAUAGAGGCGAAAGCCGAGGCUCCUCCUGUUACCGAUUACAAUCUCGCAACGGCCAAUUCAUAUUUCUGAGGACGUUCGGAUUUUUGGAGAUCGACGACCAAGGCACGGUAGAGAGUUUCGUAUGCAUCAACACGAUGGUAUCAGAAAGUGAGGGAAUGCACUUGAUCAACGAAAUGAAGAAAAGAUAUUCGGCGUUGAUCAAUACAGCUUUGCCUUCGUCGAAUCUGGAAACCCUGACUCCACCUUCCAGCAACGACUCCUCCGUCGACCUGGUGGAAGACCCCGCCGAGGUGGAGCAAGCGGUGUCCCACCUGAUGCACAACCUCCCAUCGCCAGUGGUCACUCCGAUACCUCGGGAGCACCGGAAUGCUAAACGGCAAGAGUCUCACACUGAGGUGCAUAGGGUCAUCACGACGGGGGCUACCACAGUGACGGUUAUGCAGCAUAGGCAUGGCAACCAGAGGCAGGAGGGAUUGCCGGUGCCACCAUCGGGGAAUAAGCCGUUCCAAAUAAAAAUGAACGCCGCUAUUAAGAGGCCGCCGGAGCCUGACGCGACUUACGGCACGGGCAAGAGGGUAAAAACCCCAUUGCAGCAGCUGUCACCACAGCACACGUUGCUGCAUAAUGCUGCUCUCAUCGCUGAUAUCAAGCAGGACCAGCAGCAACAACCAACCCAACCCUCUCAACCAGACCGAGUGUACAAACACGACAACCUGCUCAGACAGAACAUAUAAAUAUAACAAACAAAAAAAUGUAUAUGUAUAGAAAUAUUUAUGGAAGAUUGAUAAUAAUCAUGAAAACAUAAUAUAUCCAAAAGACUGACUGAUUAGGCCAUAGUUAAGGACAACUUCAAUUAUUACGCAAAGACUUGUUAGAGAAAUACGUUAAAGAAAAAGCGAACUUUUAAAGUCACGCGAGACAACGUGAUGAUGAUGGAAAGAGGCCCUGGAGAUGCAUCGUUUGUGCAGGUUGGUCCUUAAAUUCAUAGUCUGACUCAUUUGUACUUAUUUUUUGUUUUCUUUCUUCUUUCACAACAAUUUAAGGUUUGCUUUACUUCAGUGAACUUGAAUUGAUUUUGUAUUAAAACUCUUUCUUUAGAGUAUCUUUUGAUAUCGAAAGCUUUAGCCUAGAAAAGAUUUAGCGGUCGCACUGAAUAUCUGAAAUUGAACCAAUAAUAUUCAUACUUCCACAAAAUUUUAUCAUUGCACCAUUUGAUUUUCAUAGUUUAUAUCCCAUAUUCGUAUGGUAUAGUUUUUCUCAUCGGAUGUACCGUUCUUGAUAUUAAAUGAACUCAUUAGCUUAAAAUAACGCUCAGCAGUCACCGCAGCAAUUUUUUAAGUAAAACGAUUUUAUUUUUUUAAAGCGAAAACCAUGCUUAAAAAAUCAAGAAAUGCAUAAUAUUUUUUUGCGACUAUUUUAAGCGUAAUUCCAUUGAUCAAUACAGGAAGUCAACAACCCCCUUUUUAUAUUUAUUCUUACAAACAUUUUUAGGUGAUGUUUCGAUAAAUGCCGCCAAAGGAAUACAGUGAGUUACCUUAAAUGAGCAGAUUUAUGAAUUAGGUCAGCCUGCAAGAAUGUCGAACUUACAACCCUCUCUAAUUUUGAAUACAAGGGACAAUAAAAAAGAUACGAAAGGUGAAAUUUCGUUUUUGCAUAUGUUGUUUGCAAAUGAUCUGUAUUUUUGUCAAGCAUUUCAGAUUUGUCAUCGGAAAUGUCGAUAAACAAUGUGUGUCCAUAUUGGAACCAACUUUGCCGCCAUGAAAAAAUCUUAUGAAGCGGUGGCGAUUUAUAUUUUAGAUUUUCAGUUUAAUUAUAUGAAUUAAUUCUCAAAAUAUUGUUUAGUAGUAACAGGUAUAUAUGUAAUUUUAUAAAUAUUUUUAUUGAUAGUGAUACACAUAAUCUAAAAGUAAAUUGUCCACUUUUCUGAUGGCAAAUCGGCAAUCUUUGACGAUUAAAACACUCAGCUGCACCUGAUUAUUCACUUCGUUUUAGAAUUUUUAUUAUUUAAGAUACAUCAAAAUGUAUAAUUUUUUGAAUAUUCUCGAGAAUAUAUUAUUAUAUUACACAUUCUAGCUAAAAGCGAUUAAAAUUAGCGAUUCUGUGAUGAAAUUUUUUGUUUUCUGUUAUUAAGUGUAAGAGAGAGUCGUAGAUAAAUAUUUUUAUUUUGUACAAAAUAACGAAGGAUUAAGUACAAUAUGCGUGGCGUAAAAAUUUUACAAUAUUUUUAUUUUCACAUAUUUCUCAUGAAAGCAGGGAGUUGUCAAACGAUAAGGCAAAAAAUUGGAAGCUAUUUUAUACAGGGUGUCCUAAAAAUUGAGAGUUAUCUUUACAGAGCAUAUAUACAUAUUUUUCUAGUAAGACAUACAGGGUGUCUCAACUAUGCGUGGAUGGAGUAUUGCUACUAAAUAAAAUUUACAUAUUUACAGAUUAUUAUGUAUGGUAUCUCGAGGCAUACUUCUCAAAUAUUCCUAAUUUUGAGAGACAUAGCAAAGUUGAUUUUUCUUAUUUUAUUAUUACACAUUUUGAUAGGCCCUUUAAAAAGAACAAGAUUGAUAUAACAUACUUAUGGGUAUUGGUUAUUAAUUGUCGAAUUAAUGGGUAUUUUUAUAAUAAAACAUCAAAGUUUGACAGCCUGCAUAUCUGCUAUGUUGGCAGGUGGGGUCGUUAAUUUUGUGCAUUUUUUUAUUUUACUCAAAUUUAUCGAUUUUUUUUGAUGAUCAAUACAGGGUGGUUAAAAACGCAAAAUGCAGUUUAAUUUUCUUAAUUCAACAUUGUUACCGGUUUGUUCAAACGAUUUCUGCAUCGUCUAUUGUGUCAUCUAUUACUUUUUUUUCUAUCUGAAAAAUCAACACGCCUUUUACGAGGUGAAAUCGAAUUUUUUAUUGAUAAAUGAAAGUUAGUUUAUGCCAUUUAUGUAUGAAAAAUAACUACCACUCAAAGAUGCCGGGAAACUGUGUUUUCCUACCGUACGUAGGCGUCGAUAUUACCACGAUUGGCGAAACUACUCAUAGGUGGCAGUGUCACCGUUUUUUUUUUUUCGUUAUUUCUGUUGUUCACUUUCCAUUAACAUUUUCAAGCGACACACAUAAUCGUUCUAUAUUUUGUAUUUGCAUCAGGAUCUUUUCUGAGAGAAAAAGUGCAUUGGGGUUUGCUUCCGACUUUUUGCUUUAUCGUAUAUUAUGUACAGUGUGUUACAAAUUCAUGUUGUUUUACAACCUGUAAGAGGUACGAAGUUCUUCAGUACAGGUCCCACCAUUUUUCAAAUUUUACAGUCGUUCCAAAAAAUGGAUGAGAAACGUCAAAUAAAUGUUAGCAUUGAUUAUACGUGAAGAUAGCCAAUGUAAUGCUGUAUUCGCGCGUCCAAAAAAAAUCUCAGCCAAAACGAGACAUCGUAACAUCAUCUACAAGAAUUUGCCACAGCUGUUUCUUUGUUUACUAUACAGG